UUUACAUAGCACGAAAAUAACCAAAUGGAUGAAACUCAGGAGCCGCUGUUCACCUUCGGGGUCAUCGCGGACAUCCAGUACGCGGACAAGGACGACGGCUAUAACUAUGUGAAGACGAGGAUGAGGUAUUACCGGAGCAGCUUGUCUUUACUACAAGACGCGGCGCAAGAGUGGGCCUCCGAAACGGCCCGGCCGGCCUUCAUCCUCCAGCUCGGUGACAUCAUCGACGGUUUCAACGUCCCCCUGGGAGCGUCGGAGACGUCGCUGGCCAAAGUUCUGGAUGAAUUCGAUAAGCUGAAGGUCCCCGUCCACCAUAUUUGGGGCAACCACGAAUUCUACAACUUCAGCAGGAAGCAGCUGGUGGAGUCAAAACUGAACAGCGCCCAUCUGGGGGAGACCCAGGUAAUAUCUCCGGAGAACGGCCAUGUCCCGGAGUCAUUCUACGCUUACCACUUCAGCCCUUUCCCCAAAUUUCGGAUACUCCUGAUGGACUCUUACGAUUUCAGCGUCAUCGGAAGAGAUCCGACAAGCCACAAGUAUGUAAAGUCCUUAAAAGUUCUGAAGCAGAAGAAUAAAAAUGCAGAUUUGAACAGUCCCACAGGUCUUGAUGACCCCCAGUUUGUACAGUUCAAUGGUGGAAUCAGCCACGCUCAAUUAAACUGGAUUAAUGACGUCCUCCAAUCUUCAGAUAACAAUGGGGAGAAAGUGAUGGUGGCAGGUCACCUCCCGAUCUACCUUCCUUCUACAGACCCCAUAUGUCUCACCUGGAACUACCUUGAGGUCCUGUCAACGUUACAGUCCCAUCCCUCCGUGGUGGCCUAUUUUGCCGGACACGACCACGAUGGGGGUUACUGUCAAGACGAACACGGGAUCCACCACAUAACCUUCAACGGCGUCAUCGAAACCCCGCCGGACAGCCAGGCCUUCGCCACCAUGGAGAUCUAUGAAGACAGGAUGGAGCUGAGGGGCAGAGGCCUUGUCCCACACAGAACUCUUAUUUACCGGAACAGCUAGCACUCCACCCACAUGCAAAACA